AUAGAAAAGAAAAGUUGAUGAGUUUUUUGCACUGGGUUUCAAUGGCAGUAUAUAUAGGUGGGUAAAGGGGACUUUUUAGUUCUACCAAAGUUUUAAUUAUCAUUGGAGAAAAACACACACACAAACACAUACUCUUUGCAUUUGGUGAACAUGGGAAGACAACCCUGCUGUGACAAACUCGGGGUGAAGAAGGGGCCGUGGACGGCGGAGGAAGACAAGAAGCUCAUCAAUUUUAUUCUCACCAACGGCCAAUGCUGCUGGCGGGCCGUCCCCAAGCUGGCCGGCCUCCGCCGCUGUGGCAAGAGCUGCCGCCUCCGAUGGACCAAUUACCUCCGCCCCGACUUGAAGCGCGGCCUUCUGACUGAGGCUGAGGAACAGUUGGUCAUUGAUCUACAUGCCCAUCUUGGCAAUAGGUGGUCCAAAAUUGCUGCAAGAUUGCCUGGGAGAACAGACAAUGAGAUCAAGAAUCAUUGGAACACCCAUAUAAAGAAAAAGCUUCUGAAAAUGGGAAUCGACCCCGUCACGCACGAGCCCCUUCACAAGGAACAUGAAAAAUCAGAGUCCCAUGCAGCUGAUAAUUUCCCAGAAUCGGAAAAAAUGAAUCAGCUGCAAGAAACAAAUAACGAUCUUGGCUCUGGCAGCCCGGAAGAUCAGAAUAGCUCCUCGGACGAAUCAAAUUUACCCGACAGGAAUUUGUACGAAAACGAUCCUUUGAUCAGCUGCCUGUUCAGGGAUGACGAUCAUGAUCAGGACAACGAUCCUGAUCAGCUCCAGGUUCCAUGGGAGUUUCAGUCGGAAAAUUUGGGCAGCUUUUGCCCGACGUCUUGGGACGAGAGCUGCUCAUGGCUAUUGGAUUGUCAAGAUUUCGGCGUUCACGACUUUGGUUUUGACUGUUUCAACGACGUGGAAAUUAAUAACGCGUUGAAUUCACUAGAGACGGGAGCAACCAGUGAAGAUUAAAGUGUAAAAAAAAAAAGAAAAGAAAAUAAUCUCGAUCGAGACGUUAUGUGUAGAGAUCGAU